AUGGCGCGUGAAGGGGACUUUCUGGUGCGGAGCGAUGGUCCGCACGAGAGAGUCUUCCGCCUUCGCAAUACCGAGCUGGAGAUUGACUGCGAAUCAAUCUCCUCCGAGUGGACCACGGACUCAGAAGCCGAACGCACCAUUCAGCAAGAGCAGCUUGGGAGUAGAGGCAUAAUUGAGGAAAAGCAAACUCGCAGAAAGCGGAAGAAGCGUGCAUGGCGGUUGCGCCAUUGGCUGAGACGCGACGAUGACUCAGACAGCAAGAGCAGCGACUCCGAUAGCAGCAGUUCAACCAGCAGUGGCAGCUCCAGUAGCACGGACGGUGGAGAGCUGGGAAGCUUCAAGCGCCAACGGCAACAGGUCCAGCAGCAGUGGAAUAUCAUCAAGGGCCUCAAGUCCAACUUCUCGCCACCGCUGGAUGGCCCGCCGGUGCUGCCCACGGAGGAUCAACCGCUUCGCAACGACACAGAGGAUCGACCGCUUCCGCGAAGCGUCUCCUCUUCCGGCUUGUGCCUUUGCUGGAAGCUGAGAUAUCGAGCCUUUGCAGUGGCGCCCGGCUUUUUGCAGCAGCAAGACAUUGAGGCCAUUAGCAGCGCAGCAAAGCACAGCUCCGUCCGCGAGAUCAAUGACCGCAAAGGCUAUUUGGCCUUCAAACACAGGGUCUGGCGCUUUGAGUUGCAGCUGCGAGCAUUGUGGCCAGAUCUUUAUGCUCGCUUGAUGGCUGUGAUGCGCAGCGCGGACGAAGCGAAAUGGAAGCGGCUCAGCCAGGCUUCAUUCAAAGCCGCGUCCGGUGCGCUGGGCCUGCUCCAACAAUGCAGUUCCACGGUCGCUGUGAUGAUGCAACGAUCCGCAGAGCACUGCAGUGUGAAAGGUCUUUCUGACUUGCUGCCCUAUGCCAAACCCAUGAUGGGGCCACUGGUCUUUGACUGUCACAAAGCACAAGAUGUGCUCGUGCUAGGUCUCGGAGGCCAUUCGACCCGAGAAGUCUUGGCAGUUGACAACAAUGAGAAUGUGCUGAAAGUCGCCAGAAACUAUUUUGGCUUUCAAGGUGAAGCCAUGAUAGAUGAUAUUCACUCGGCAUUGUCCAAACUAUCCCGCCUAGAUAAGUCGUUUGAUGCAAUCGUCACAGAUGUGGGUCAUAAUAUCCGCUUGAACCAGGAGGACCUGCACAAUGUGGUCCAUUUGCUAAAGCCGAACGGGGUGCUCAUGGAAAAUUUGAGCACCCCAUCUUUUGCUGAAGAACAAGUAGCCCUCUUCAAAGACUUUCUGGGCGACGUAUCCGAAGAAGUCAGUUUCUUGAUUGAGUAG